AUGCAUGAAUUCUGUGCUGCGUUGGGGUUUGAUGAGCGAAGCACAGUAUCAGCAGCAGAGGCUUUGAGGUCCAUCUCACAGCUGGAUGGUGCGUUGCAAGUGCUCUUGGACCGCAUUCGCAUUUCCGUCCUGGAGGCUGGCAUUGACGUCUCUGAUCUCUUCAACAAGCUUGACAGUGGUUUGGGUUACCUGAGGUAUGAGGAGAUCAAUGUCAUGGCCCGUACCUUCGAUCCAGCAUUGACAGGUCAACAGUUGGAAGGUUUGUUUCGGCAUUUUGAUCCACGAGCAUCCGGAAUCGUGGACUUUGAAGGCUUUAAGCGUGGCUUGGGCUUCAUGGCAAGCGCCAGCGAUCAGAAAGCGAUUGUGGAUCAGGCAGUGAUUGCACGGAUUGCGCAAGCUGCACAAAGUCUGUACGCAAGAGGGUGCAGCGUGCAAGAUGCAUUUGCAAUUUUCGAUUACAACCGUAAUGGCUACUUGGACCAGACAGAGUUCUACAGGUUCUUGGUCGCCUGCGAUUGCAGAGUCACUCAGCAUGAAAGCGACCUGAUCUUUGCAGAGGUGUCAAAGAACAGCGGAAGAUUGGAUAUCAAUGGCUUCGCGCAGGCCUUCGCCAUCAGCCCAGGCCCUGCAGCGCGUGUCAUUCCUCGUCAGCAGCAGGUGGACCAACGGCGGCAAUUCCAAGCAGCGCAGAUUUGUAGUUGGCUUGAACCAGCUUUGCUCUCACAGAAUCUGACGCUGGCUGGGCGUGAUUGUUUGAAUCGGGCUGACUUCGACCGUUUGGCUUUGGCUUUGGAACCCCGAUUGGGUACUGCUGAUUUGGAUCGUCUUUGGGGGCUGAUAGCUUCGUCUCCAGAGCUGAGCAUCCAACAGCUCCUGCUUUUCCAAGGAACGUCAGAUACUGAUCCUUGGGGUGAAUCCUGUCUCCGACGAAUUGCCAGACGUUUGGCUCCAGCAAUGAGCAGCCCUGCCAACUUUUUCCAAAGGUUCAACCUCACAGGUUCUGGCAUGCUCUCCUAUGCAGAAUUCGAGCGCAUGGUUUUGAAUCAGGAUGCCCAGAUGACUCGCGAGGAUGUGGGCGCUUUGUGGCGUUUGGCCGACGCAGACGGCAAUGGACGUGUGGAUUUGAAUGAGUUUGUGGCCCUUCUACGUCAAGCACAGCUUGAGGGCAUGACAACUGCCAACAGACCGCAGUUGCCCCCCUCUGUGGCGGAGCGAGACGUGAUUCUGGAGGCGCGCGUUGCACAGAUGGAGCGCAGCUUUCGAAAUCGUGGCGUGACUUUGCUACAAGCAUGCCAGAUGAUGGACAUAGCUCGGAUCGGCUUUCUGGACCGUAGUGGGUUGCGGCAGCUCAUGUCAGCAGCUGGCAUGGAUUUGGCAGACUGGGAGCAAGAAGAGCUGAUUCGUCGAUGUGACACUGGUCGCAAUGGCUUGCUGAACUACUACGAGCUCGCCAGGCAAUUUGAUUUCGAAGCACAGGCCAAAGCCCUUGCAGCCGCACAGGUGGCCCCCGGCGCUUUUGGUGCGCCAGCCUACCCCACAGAUCUGAUGCCAAGAAGCCCAAUCCCAAUCCCAUUGCCUACUGAUGUGGUGAAGGAGCGUAUGGAGUUGCUGAGCAGGAGCUUGCAGCAAAAGGGGUACAACCUGUCAUCUGGCCUUGUCCUUUUCGACCAGACGGGUAACCAGGAUCUCAAGAGACAAACCAAGGGGCUAUUUGGACCGCGCUGGCUUUAUGCAGCUACUGGACUGGGUGAAGGUAAGCAUGACUUCUGCAGAGCAAGAUGCUCUAUUCCAACGAUAUCCUGCUGGACCUGGGCUUUUGAAUUAUCGCGAGGUGAUCAGCAAGUUCGAACAGCUUAG